GAGAGCAGGAGGGAGUGAAGCGAGAGAGAGAGAGAGAGGGGAGGAGAGAAGGAUACAGGGGAAAACAGCAGAGAGGUAAUGAGCAGCGAGUAUUAGCUGUCAGCGUCCUGAGCUGCAGACUGAUCUCAUUAAAGGAUGAAGCGACCGUUGCGGCUCGGUGUGUGUGGAUCCUGAGGUGUGUGUGUGUGUGUUUCUCAGCUCUGUCUCCGCUCCUGCUGCGUUGCCUUCCUGUGUGGACGUCUCCAAUCCCCCUACAUCCCCCCUAAGCCUGUCGCCACGAUAACCAUGGACUGCGGACUGCGUCUGCCGCCCGUCAUCGAGGAGGUCAUAGACCCUGCAGAUGACCUCUGUGAGCUGAAGGUGGAGCGUCCAGGCAAUGAGCUGACGGCCAAAGAGCGAGAGUCUCUGGAGGAGAACGAUGAGAAGGAGGAGAAAGAGGUGGAGGUGGGGAACGGAGAGAAGGGCGUGGAGGAGGGGAAUGGAGAGAAGGGCCUGAAGGAGGAGAAGGAAGUGGAGGAGGAGGAGAAGGCAGGAGAUGGAGAGAGGGUUAGGGGGCUGGAGGAGGAGGGGAUAGAGGUGGAGGAGCUCCGAGCACAGGUGGUCCAGCUGCUCUUGGAACUGGAGGAGGCCAGGGAGGUGUCCCAGAGACACGAGGACAGCUACAACGAGCUGCAAGGCCUCUUGGAAGAAGAGCGCUUAGCCAGCGCCCACCAGGCUGAGACCUUCACAAGACAGAUCCAGAGACUUCAAGCCCAGCUGCGCUCAGUGCAGGAAGAGCUGGACAGUCUGGAGGAGGAGAAGGCCAGUGAGCUGUGGGAGGCGCAGGAGGAGCUGCGUGCGGCACAGGUGGAGGUGCAGGAGCUGCAGCAGGCGGCAGAGGAGGCGGCGGCGGAGCGGGAGAAUGACAUCGCGCUGCUGCAGGAGGAACUGUGCAGGCUGCGGGCCGAGCUGCAGAGACUCCACUCCACCACACAGGAGUACGAGCUGGAACUGACCACACUGAGGGCCGAAAUCAGCAUGAAGAGCCAGCACAGGGAGCAGCAGGACCAAGCAAACACUGAAGGGGAGGUGGGGCAGCUGAAGGAAGAGUGUCGCACUUUGAUGGAUGAGUGCCAGACUCUGAGGAACGACAACAGGCAGCUGUCUGAGAAGCUGCACCUGCUGGAACAGCAGAAAGCCAGCUCCACUGACUCCUACCUGGCUGUCCGAGGAGAGCAGGACAACAGUGAAAGCGCAAGAAAGAACAAGAUGGGGAAGAUGGAGGGAGAAGAGAAGGCGGUGAAGGCCGAAGGCUACAUGAGCAUGUUGCAGCCGGAGCAGAGCAGCCGUGUGGUGGACGAUUCCAUUCAGAAGAACAUCUCCACUGAAGAUAGAACAGUGAAUCCCAUGGAGAGGAGUGUGGGCCUGUCUGAAGUCUUCUCCCUCCGAGACCGGCUCAAGCAGGCUGAGGAGAGAGCCUUCCAGGUCCAGAGGGAGUGUGAGGGGUUGAAGGGAGAACUUCUGGAGCUACAAGGCCUCUACGAGAGAAGUCAGAGGGAGAGGGCGGGACUGGAGGCGGAGCUACAACGCUGCAGGGCGGAGCUUGACAGGUUGGCGGGGAGGAAGCCGCAGAACUCCUCUCCUCCGUCUGAGUCCCCUGUUCUCUCCAUACCCUUCAUAGGAAUGGUUGUAAUAAUGGCGCUGAUAUGGUGCUGCUGGACGGAGCUCUUGUCCUAAAGGGGGAAAGGAGAAAGAGGGCGACUGGAACCUGGUGAUGGUGGUUGCCGUGGCAGCAGCAGCGCUUUUGCUCGUGCCCAGUUUGACCAGAGCUUUUUCUUGAGUCUCGGACAAGAAGUGGCCUCAUCCACCAACGUUGUCUCUACCUGCCUGCUUAUGUUCUCUGUGGUAUACACACCAACACACACAACUUCCAUAACCGCACAUGAGGUAUUCUCCUGAAAUGGACAUAAUGCUGUACAGUUCAGGAGACCUUAGGAACACCAACAGCCUCCAAAUCCAGUGCUUUCGUUACUUGUCUUGCCGCUCUGGUUGUACGCUCUUCUCGCUCUGUUGUCCUCCACACCUCUAUAGAUAAAAAGGGUCCACUUGAGGAGCAGUGGACCAGACAUGGAUGCAGUGUCGUGGACUGUGAUGCACCACCCAUGCUGCGCUGAAGCACAAAGAGAUGGAGAAGAUGGAGAAAAAUCACUCAUUUUGAUCAUUUCAACCAUCUUUACCGACUGAGUUCUUUAUUUCAUUUUACUGAAUGCUGAAAAUUGUAGAGGACUAAAGAUCUAUUUGCCUUAUUUCCAUCUCAAAUGGAUCUCUUUCUUUGAGUUUAAGCAUAUCGGUUAUCGGUCUCCCAUCACUGCUGCUUUAGAUACAGUCUUGCUUCUUCGGUCUCAUUGCUUUUAAUAUGUGCUGUGGCAGCAUGUGACAUGAUGCUUAUCUAAAAUCUUCCGGUUCUCUCACAAAUAUUGCCUGUUCCACUGGGGAAUUCUUUUAUUAGUCGUUUGUGCUUUGUUAGUUUUGACACAAAUUACUCUACAUUCUAAAGCAUGCAUCAUACAGUUUCACCAAUAACUAUGUAAUUAUAAUCGUACUAUCUGUGAUUUGAGUGAGUUUGAAGCAUUCAAAGUGUUUUUCAUGGUUCAAGGGAUAAAGCACUGCUCAUUGUAGAGGAUCUAGACAAAGUUAGCUUUGGUUCCGAUUAAAUGUGAACAAUUGUGACAGUAUACAAUUCUACAAAAAAUAUAAAUGCUCACUCGGCAGUUUUAACCAUUUAAAAAGUGGGAUAGAUAUUUUUGUAUGUUUGUGUGUUUAACCAAAUGGCAUUGAUUAAACGAGAAAAGAGAUAAAAACAAACUAUUUUUGUACACAGCUAAACUGCAGUGCGUACUCCAGUAUUAUAAUACUGGUUGGUAGCAAUCAGAGAGUUAUAUUUCAGAACAAAUGUUCUCUUUAGCAGCUGAUACAGUGUAGUCCAUAUGUAAUUGGACAGUGAAACAGCUCUUGAUUUUCUCGCUGUACUCCAGCAAAUUGGAUUCGAAGCGUUACAGUGAAACACUGGCUGAAGUGCAGAUUACCAGCUUUGAGGGUUUUCACAUGUCCAUCGAGUGAAUCACAGCUCUUUAACCUAUACAGUCGUAUACAAAGGUUUGGGCACCAAAUUACAAUUUUAAUGCACAAGUUGAACUUAAGCUGAACUUAACAUAUUCGGAAAAAAAUAAAACAUAAAAUAUGGCCUGUGUAAAAGUUACGUCACAUUAUAUAUUUUGUUUUUUUUCAAUAAGUUAAACUCAAAUUUGCAGUAUUUUAGUGCAAAGUAUCUGUUUAACACAUUUAAUAUGGCAUAUUUAAGUUCCCUGCAGAGGAUGUGUUACAUUAACAGUAUUUAGCAGAUGCUCUUAUCCAGAGCGACUUACAAGAAGAAAUGUGUUCAACAGAAUGUGUAAUUUGACCAGCAGUAUCGAAACUUUUAUAUAUGACUGUAUCCUCACCAUCACAACAAAAUGUAUCUCAAAUCAAAUCAAAUCAAAUUUAUUUGUAGCGCUUUUUACAACAGAUGUUGUCACAAAGCAGCUUCACAGGAUUCCAGUAAAGACAGAGUUUUAACAAGAAUGUAAAAACCCCCAGGUGAGCAAGC